AUGACCUUCCCAGGAGCAGCUGAGCCCCAGGGUUCAUCGCAGGGGCAGCCGAAUCUCCAGGGACCCGACCAGGGACAGAGACUGUCCCCAAGGACCCUCCCAAGGGUGGCGGAGGAUCCAGGGCCCCCCAUAGGAGCGACGAAACCCCCAGGGACCAUCCGAGGGGCAGUCGUACCUCCAGGUGCCCUCCCAGUGGCAGCUGCACCCCAAGGGACCCUCCCAGGAGCGGAGGAGUAUCCAGGGACCCUCCCAGAAGCGGUGCCCCACCCUGGGACGUUACCAUGGGUCCCCAGGGCCCUAUGA